UUCCACAGUCCAACGUCGCAGAUACAAACAUAUCGAAAGCCAGUAUCAUCAGGAAUUCUCCAAGAUGGACCAUCACAUUGGAAACUACAAGUAUUCACCUUUAAGAGAAGGCGAACGACGCUGGCACACGACUGGCGAUAUCCGAAUCUUGGAACUCCUUCCUGGGUCGUUCGAGGAUCCACUGCAUUGCCGAUUGCGUGUUGCGGCAAUUGAAAGCGACCCGGCGUACGACGCACUUUCGUGCAUGUGGGGAAAUCCAUUAUCACCUAAGGGCAGAAUAUUUCUCGACGAUGAAUUAUUUCCUGUGACUGAAUCGCUGGAAAACGCUUUGAGGCAUGUGCGUCUCCGGGACAGUGUACGUUAUCUUUGGGCAGACGCUGUGUGCAUCAAUCAACGCGACAUCAAAGAGCGCGGUAACCAGGUCCACCUAAUGAAAGAAAUAUAUUCUCGGUCCAAGACUGUGAGAGCCUGGAUCGAUAUAGAUCUUUCUCCAGAGAAUCCCGUUGUUCGAAAGCUCUUGACUCUUGACUUGGAAGGAACAAUCGAUCAGCUGGGCGAAGAUCCCGAGUUCUGGAGAAUACUUCUGCCGCUUCUUCAGGAUGAGUACUGGAACAGACUCUGGAUACAACAGGAGCUUGUGUUCGCACCUGAGUUGGUAUUCUAUUGCCGAGGGGUAGAUAUCCCUGGGAAUUGCCUGAUGGCGUUUCAACUUCAGAUUUUCCGAAAGUUGACUGAUGGUAUGGGACCAUUCAAUACUGAUGAUCCAUGGAGCCUAUUCAGACCGCUAGAUUCGACAACCAAGGCUCCUUCGCGGAAUUUAGCCUGUUGGCGGGCAAUGGUGGAAAUGCAGGUGCCAGUCGACCCAUACACUCUCGAGCCAGAUUGGUCGCUUGAGAAGCCAAUGGCAGCUUGGGCGCUCGAUCCUAGAAAGUGGGGUCCGCAUCUGAGUACGAGCCCGAUUUACAUGUUGGGUAUGCUGCGGCAGUCACAAGCCUUAAAGUUAACGGAUUCGAGGGAUCGGGUGACGGCAGUCUUAAACUUGGUCAUCGACUAUGAAGACGACGGUUCCCAGGCGGACUACGAACAAAGCCUUGCCGAAAAGUACCUCAGAGUUGCUCGGCUUCUGCUUUUCAAAUGUAACGGCCUCUUAUUCUUAGCCGUGACCAAAACCUCCACUAAUCCCAACGAUAAUAUCCAGGACUUACCUUCGUGGGCUCCGAAUUGGGACUCUCCGGGAAAUGCGGAAUAUUUCCUGAGCGCCUUCCAUGCUGUCGGAGACUUACCUAUGUACGGUACACCUUUCCAAGGCGAUAUGGAUGAUGGUGUUCUAUACGCUAGGGGCUUCAAGUACGCUACGGUCGAUCAAACGCUCUCAACCACCAAUAACGCCUUGACUCCACUCUGGGUUUUGUUAAACCUAUUCGUUUCUACCGUAGAGUCUGCCGUAUACCACUAUGACGAUAUCAAAAAGCUUGCAUUCACUCUCACCGGCCCAGCUAUGGCUGAGCUUCGCAUACCUCGCGACUACUUCAACGAAAAUGAAGCGGUUGUCUACACCGGUGUUCUGCUUGGUCACUCUCUUGUCAAUCCUGAUCUUCGCAUUGUCGAUUUGCUUCCUUGUGCAACGGAGGUUUUUGACUAUUCUGAAAGGAAGAUUAGAGCUGCACUUCUGGCUUUGCGAAAAUCUCUUGGUCUUUGCCCCUCAUGUCUUCAGUGCCUCUACGUUGAAGGAGAAUCAAAUUCAGUUCAGGAGACGUGUGUAAAGACUGAGCGCUUCGAAAACUUUAUGCAAUUGGUGCAUAAGACUUUAUCCUCCGGAUGUCUGGCAUCUAUCAUAUCUUCGAAAGUCACUCCUACCACGGUUCCUACCACUACUCUUGCCAUCACGGAAGGAAAGGCCCUGGUGAAUUCUGGUGACGAGAUAUGGAUACUGUUCGGCUGUCCAAUACCCAUGGUGCUUCGGCGUACUGGCUCAUACUUUCUUGUUGCCUCCCCCGCAUAUAUCCCUGACAUCAUGAAUGGAGAAGCGAUGGAGGAGGUAGAUACACCCGAUGACAAAUUUGGAGGCUGGGGAAUCCUCGGUCUCUCUCCAGCAGAGCCAUACGUUUCAGGAAAAAACCAGUGGGAGGUGAAUGUGAUUCGCCUGCGAUGAUCAUCUGUUAGCAAUCAUACCUCAGUCUGAAGUGAGGAAACCGGCAGGUAUGAAGGUGGCUCUCGAUGUCAACAAGGAAUUAGAGGAAUACACUACGUAGAAAUACCGUUCCUAACUUGUUCUUCAUGAUUAUUCUGAAUGUGCCAUUUGCGGUUUGCAUCUUCUAUAGUACGAUACUGUGAUCGUUGUAUGAAUGGUGAAGGUCAGCCAGCAGGGCGUGU